GUUAACACCUGCUAAGUAUCUGCAACAUCUUACAUAGCCAGUAGCACCUGACUGAGUAAAGCCCUAGGUCUAAAGAACUACCGUUAUACAAGAUAGUCCAUAGCAGAGAUGUCGACCAUCUUCGGAGGUAUAUCAGUCGAGACUCCCAAAUUCACUGUGCUGAAGCAGUUUGCUGGCGUGAAGGGUGCGGAGCUUCGCAAAUAUGCACCGCAAGUCCGGGCCGAGGUGUUAUAUGACAGCGCGCCCAACGACGCCAUUAUGAACAACCUUAACUCGCCUUUUCGCGUACUGGCCGGUUACAUCUUUGGCGGCAACACGUCCCGGACGGGCGAGGCCAGCGAGAAGGUGGAAAUGACGGCACCCGUCGUCAUGCAAAAGGGCGCCGCCGACUCCCAGAAGAUCGCCAUGACCGCACCCGUGGUCAUGCAAACCGGCCCCACCCCCACCCCCACCACCUCUACCUCCCCCGCCACCGCUCCCUCCCCCGACGCCGCCAGCAGCACCCCAAGCCCUGCCUCCGGCUCCGACCCCAACCCCCCUCCAGCCCCCGCUCCCGGUACCCAGCGUGUCAUGUCCUUCAUCAUGCCAAGCAAGUACUCCUCCGUUGCUGACCUCCCCCUGCCCAAGGACGCCCGCGUAAAGCUGAUUGAGGUUCCGGAGCGAUCCUACGCGGCGGUUACCUUUCGAGGCAGCAUGAGCCAGCAGGUGGCGGCCAGCCGGGAAGCCGAGCUGCGGUCGGCGGCGGAGCGAGAGGGCGUACGGCUGUCGGAUGACCCAAAUGCCGUACAGUACUGCUCGUAUAACCCGCCGUGGUGCCUGCCGUGGUUGAGGACGAAUGACAUCCUGAUCCCGGUUGCGGAGUGAGGGGCGAAGGGGAAGGAAGGAAGCAGGGAAGACCUCUUGCGUAGGGGAAGCGAGGGGUGAAGGAAAGCGAGAGGGACAAGAGAGUGCAGAGCAAGAGUGCAGACGGGGAAGUGGGAGUUGAGGGGCAGUUGAGGAGGUGGGUGCGCUAGGUGUUCGUUCCCCUUACUGGCCGCUCUUGUGUCUUGCAUGCUGAGUUUCUGUUCCUCAUGUUUUGGGGUUGGAAGAGCCGAGAACGUGUUGCGGUGUAGGAUGUUGCGGGUUGUACGAGUGGGUUGUACGAGUGGGAAACAGAAAAGAGGAGAGGGGUUGAGGUGCGAAUGGGGAGAGAGCCGAGGGGCGAGGGCCGAGGGGCGAGGGAAUGGAGGGGGGGAGCGAGUCCUUUCCGAGUAACUUCGUCAGGCCCCGACCGCGUACUUUCGAGAUGGGGGCGGUGCUCUCCCUGUACUUGUACGGCAGGGCUGUGCUAGAGCGCAGGUGUGCUGAGUGAUAUUGAAGCGCUCUUGGAAGCAUCGUAGUGACAUUGUACUGGGCUUGCAUGACCCACCCAUGAGGGCCUUGUUUUGCGCAUUGUGAGGGGUGCGGGAUGAGAGUCCGAUACGCUGGUCGCAUAUAUACGUUGUAUGCUGCAAUACCGUGCUGCACUUGCAGCAUCGUGAGGGAAUGGGCAGUUGUUGUUGCGCAGUGCUUCCUCCCCAGAGCCCCACGCAUACCAUGGUUGCAUGUGUUGAGGAAGAUGCGGAGUGUUGUGCCAUAGAUCUAUAAUAGCAACGCUGCUUGUGCAUUUGCAUGCAGAUUCGAGUUGCACAUCCUAACAGAUCCUAACAGACCGGGUAAUGUUGUCGUUGCUGUUGUGGUGGUUCUGGUUAAUAUCGAGCUGACGACCAACCACCGAUGGGUGGUUACUUGUUAGUCUGGGCGCGCACGGCGCUGCUCCCUUC